AUGAGUACCGUGUUGGAUAUGCCGUCUGAGUGCCGGUGCUCUGCAACUCAUGCAUUCAAUUCAAGUGACGAAUCGGACGACGACGAGGACGUAGACGAGGCGGACGACGACGAAGACAAAGAAGAGACCGCAGCCGUCAAAAUACAAUCGCAAUACCGGGGCUAUAAGACCAGGAAAAACUACAAAAACAAGAUUAAUAAUAACAAUAUGAAGGCCGAGGAGGUAGGCAACCAAUUGGUGCUAUAA